UACAGUCAGAUUUUUAUAGAAAAUGAUUCAAAAUGAGUCCGUCCAAAUUCUUUGUGUGCUUUUUGCUGAUUUUUGUAAAGUCAGAGCUGGUCCCGGAAUUGAACACGACACAACUGCAAGAUAUGCCGCACGAAGGUCCAGAGAAGGAUCCUAAACCCUCGGAUUUUCAAUUCCUAAUUACAGGCGGAUAUAGGCCCAAGACAAACAAACUGGUCAAAUAUGUGGUUUCAUUGCGAUUGGGCAAGUCCAAGAAGUUCUUCGGGGAUAAUCACUUUUGCGCGGGUGCGAUUUUUAGCCCACGGGCCAUUCUAACGGCGGCCCACUGCUUAUAUUCUAAUCGCCGCAAGCUGAUGCCCAAGAAGUUGACGGUCAUCGCUGGGACGCCAAAGAGGCUGGUGAAAAGCGAUGCUACACAGAUAGUUCAAGCCCACAAACUCAUUCCGCACCCCAAAUACAAGAAAGGCAAAUCGCAGAAGUAUGACGUUGGUAUAGUGCUGAUGAAGGAUGAUCUCAAUCUAGGGGGCUCUGCCGCCAGUAUACCUCUGUAUAAUAAGGCUCCGGUGGCCGGGGUCGAGUGCAGCAUCGUUGGCUGGGGAACGGUCAUACAGUACGGCCCACUUCCGGAUGAGGUCAUCAAUGGCGAUGUGAAAAUCCUGCCAGACUCCUUCUGCCGAAAGCUCCUGGGCUGGAGCAACACGGGCAUGCUCUGCGCCAACGACCAGACCAACACCGAGGUGGACAGCUGCCAGGGUGACUCGGGCGGCCCGCUCAUCUGUGACAACAAGGUGACCGGCAUCGUGUCCUUCGGCACGGGUUGCGGCGAACCCGAUUCGGCUGGAAUCUACACCGAUGUCUACCACUUUCGGGAAUGGAUCAACGAGAACUCCUGCCCCCGGACCAUAUAUCCGAUUCGCACCCUAUUGAUCCUGAUGCUGCUGCUCCAACUGGCAUUUCUGGCGGGUGUAUCCUAGCACCUAGUGCCUAGUGCUAGGACAUCAUUCAACAGGCGGCGACAAACCAAAAUUGACUAAAACCAGCGGCCAUGGCUUGUCAUCCGUGGACAUGGACGUGGAUGUGGAUGUGGACGUGGAUGUGGAUGUGGAUGUGAAGGCAGGUAACGAUGGCGGUAGACAUGCGAG